UUUGACGAAAUUCAAGGUCAAGUUACAAUAGUCUAAAGAGAUAUACGCAGUAUUCUUAAAAAAAAAAAAAUUCCAUUCUUUUGUUGAUUUACGUUCUAAAGUUCAAAUGUUGUGUCGCAACAAUGAUUUUUUUUCCUCAAACUAACGAUGGAACCGUUUUGAGGUAUUAAAAUUACGACGACAGCGGCAGUUAUAUUUGAACAGUUUUAAUGAAAUGCGUGUUAUUCUCGCUCUGCUAUUUAUCUUAUUCUAUCAUGAGAUAAGAUCGGCUCCUAUAUAAACUUGGUUUCACCGAUUUUGUACCAUAUUCAGCAAGACGAUCACUUCGGUUAGAAUGUCUAAACUGGUCUUCAUUGUUUGUGUCGCCUUUGUCUUUGCGGUGACUCAUGCCGAAUGUGAAGGGGAAUCGCACAAGGAAACUUCUAAAUUGCAUAUACAGAAUUGCUUAGUGGACCUGUUAAACGUAUAUGAGAAACUAAAUAACGAAUACGAUGUAAUUUAUAAAAAUGAUGGAUCAAAAGAACGAGCUGAGAAAAAAAAGGAAGCAUUCAACUAUGGAUACCAAGCUCUGCAAAAAAUAAUCAAAAAACUAUUUGAACCGGGAUUGAACGAGGUGGACAUAACACGUAUUUACCGUUUCGGUUACGUACGCUGCAAUAAGCAUAUCGCACGUAAAAUGCGUCAGCUCAUCAGUGAUAUUUUCAACGAAAUCAAACUCGAGGAGUUGCAUUAAGGCCAUUUUUAUUUGAACGCGUAACUGGAAUGAUCCACAUUCAGUUACGCGGUGACCACGGGCAGCCAUAAAUAUGACGUACUCGAAUCGAUAUACGGAAGUCGAAUACCAGUAAAAUGUACCCAAGAAACAAAAAGCAUCCGAAAAUAUUUGGAUUUUUUUGUUUUCGUUGAUUUUUCAUAUCCAAGAUAACCGUGAUGAGCAGUCGAGCAACGUGUGCUUUCAACGCGUGCUUGAAAACGUUUCUAUUUUAAAAAGUCAAUGCCAAGGAAAUGUUGGGAUUGAGUGUGCCCGAAUCGUUAGAAAUUGAAGACGAGCGAUUCUGAACGGGGUUCCGAUCGGCGACGUGUGCCGGAAUUUGCGUUGGCAGAUUUUUAAAGCUCGUUUAGAUUCGACAUGCCGGGCGUGCUCGCGUGGGCAAAUCUUUUCGUGAAAUCUCUCCCUGACCUCCUAGUACGUUCGAGGAUUUAUUACGCUCUUCAGUGUAGAGGCAACGCGAUCAACCGAGGUGCGACCAAUGCCUCAUUACACCGCAUCCCAGUGACCUUGAAAAUGGUUAAACGAGGAAAAAGCAAAAAUACUUUUCCAGAGGAAUUU